AUGUGCGGACGUUUCUCGCUGGGCAUCCCCCAUCACCAAAUACAAGAGCUGCACGGAUACAACGUGCAAGUAGGCGAGUGGAUAGGCCAGGAGCAAUUUGUGCCUAGGCACAACAUCGCACCGCGCUCGCAAGCACCUGUCCUGCGUAGACGCGAGCAUGGAGAGGAUAUUCCAAAUGCUCCUUCCGACGCUCUGAUCAUACAAACUAUGAAAUGGGGAUUGGUGCCUCAUUGGAGCAAGCAUGAAGACAACCGAUUGAACACCGUUAACGCGCGCUGCGAGAAUUUAAUCGAGGGCGGUGGCAUGUGGGCGAGCAUCAAGGGCAAAAGGAGAUGUGCCGUAAUAUGCGAAGGCUACUUCGAGUGGUUGAAGAAGGGGGCACAACGACUACCUCACUUCACCAAGCACAGGAACGGUAGUUUGAUGCUGCUUGCAGGCCUGUAUGACCGCGUUGUGUUGGAAGGGCAAACCGAACCGCUUUGGACAUUUACCGUAGUCACCACGGACGCCAGCAAGGAAUUUGAGUGGCUACACGACAGGCAACCAGUAAUACUGCCGUCCAUGGAAGCUCUAAACACCUGGCUCAAUACCUCGCCUCAAAGGUGGACUCCUGAGCUGACGAAGGUAGUGCAACCCUAUCACAACCUGGAUUCCCCACUGUUAUGCUACCAAGUGCCCAAAGAAGUCGGGAAAGUCGGGACGGAGUCACCUUCAUUCAUCGAACCCUUAGCCGAGAGGAAGGACGGCAUUCAGGCGAUGUUCGCUAGGCAGCAGGAGGGUCCGUUUGCCAAGGUUGCGACCCCAACAAAGAAGAGAAAGCGAAGCGCAUCCCCGCAGCCUGGGUCUAGCAAGAAGGUGGAGAGCCCUGCCGAGCAUGGCGUCAAGGCGGAAGCUGAGAAGAUCAAUGCAUGGGACGAUGAUUCGGAUAUUGAGUAUGUCGACAGUAGUAAGGCCAACGAGGAACACGGAGAGAUGUCAAAGGUUUCUCCGGCCAAGCCGCAUGCUGCAAGUAUACGAGAUAAGUCGUCACCGAAGAAGGCAACACCGCAGAAAGCAGUAACAAAGACACUAGUGUCUGAGAAGCCAACAGCGAAGAAGCAGAAGAAGACGUCCAAGCCCGACAUGUCCACGAAGAUCACAACAUUCUUCGCGAAAUCAUAG